GCGGUCGCCGGAGAACCCUUCGACGGGUUGCAGGAUACCGUCAAGAUUUAUGGGAGCUACGAUGAGGUCCUGGAUAACCCAGACGUAGAUGUUGUUUACGUUGCCAGUGUACGACAGCAAUGGGCUGUGCUGGCCGCUCAAAAGAAGAAGCAUGUCCUGAUGGAGACACCUACGGCUCUUGAUGUGGGUGGAUGGAUAGGAUGCUGGAAGCCCGUGAAUCCAACAGUGUCCAGUUCAUGGACCCCUCCUCCACAUGGCUGUACCACUCUAGAACGACAACAAUGAAGCAGAAGCUUUUGGAUUCUAAGUGCUUAAGACAUAUUUAUCAUAUGUACAGCACAAUGACUACAUUAGCGUCGGACAUAAGAAUAAACCAAGACAUGGAUGCCCUUGGACCAAUUGCUGAAAUGGUUUGGAUCUACCUGGGGGCCGUCUUGUGGGUACAAAAGUACAAGCUACCCAGCUCAAUAAUUGCUCUACCUGGUCCAACCAAAAGCUUGAAUGGAAUCCUAUUGUCCCGCACAUCCUCCAUUCAUUACAAUCAGCCUGAAUGGACCUCUGCGAAUUGUUGGUUUCAUUACUCUCUUUUCUCAAGUACAUCCAUGGACUUAGAGAUCACUGAUACGGAAGGAUUGCUGUGCCUCCAGGACUUGAUGAUUCCACCUAAGGAGACGUCUGCUACCUUUGCGGUAACACUGGGUGCAAAACUUACAGAACUUCAUCUGGGGUGGACUGUUAAGCCUGAAAAAGUUGUGGUUGAUUGCAAAAUGCCGCAGGAGGCUCUGAUGGUAGAAGAGUUUGCAUCACUAGUGGAGGGUAUUAAGAGACGUGGUUGCCACUUGCCAGCCUGAUUGCAAGUGGCUGGAGAUUAGCAGAAAGACGCAGGCGGUGUUUGGUGCACUCAACAAGUCUAUUAACCU